AGACUUGAAUAUCACUUAUACAUCGUUGUAACCUGUAAUGUUGGUUAGACUUGCCGGCCAUAGUCAUCCUAAUUUCAUUCAUUAUUAUUCCUUCCAUAGCAAUAACAUACAUUCCACUUCAACUCAGCAACUACUACAACUCUUUGACUAUAUCUUCAUAAACUUCCAAGAUAUCAAGACAAAUGUUAAACUUAAAGCAACAUGCUACCAGAGUAUAAUGAACAGGAACCCAUUGAAGCCACUGCGGAAAAUGUAAUUCAAUCCAAAGAUGCUGAAUUAGAAUUAAUCUCAGCGGAUCUGCUGCAAAACGGCAUUACUGUAAUAUCGUCCUAUAGUGAUGAGGAUACAUCAAGUAUACCUGAUAAAUCUGCAAGUCAUACAAAUACCGACGACAAUAUAAUAACUAUAACUACAGCGAGUAUAAAUGAUUAUGCCAAAAAUCCUGAAUUGUAUACAGAACUAACCCAAAUUAAGACUCAUAAGACCCAUACGACAGCAUCGAAAAUUUUAAAGUUUUUUAGUAAAAAAGAUACUCAGCAACCGAUAGAGAAUUCCACUAGUUCUACAGAGGGUCUUAAUGGUCUGAAAACAACUUCAAAUAAUAAUAAUCAUUUGGCUAAUAUAAGAAGCUCCAAUGCUUUAGUAGGGCCAUGGAAGUUUUCUCAUUGCAUCUCCUUCCAAGAGAAUAUAGCCGAUGUGCAUCAUCGUAAGGGUAGACGUAUAAAUGGUCUACAGACCCCUUUACAUCCUUUACAACUAUUUGGUUGGUUUGUGCUGAUAUUAUUUGGCUUAGCCGCCUAUUGGAUCUUAAUACCCUCGUUUAAUACGGAUAUACAAGGACCUCUAUAUGGCUUGAUAACCGGCCUAUAUAUCGUUCAUGUAGUUUCUCAUCUAGUAGCCUUGCUAAUAGAUCCUGCAGAUCGUGAAUUACGUAGAGUCCAUCGCAACGAUCGUAUUGUGCCCGAGUUUGAUCGUUCCAAACACGCCCACGUCAUUGAGAACGGUCGGUGUCAUUUGUGUAAUAUACGUACCUCGUCGCAUCGCACGAAACAUUGCUCGGUGUGCAAUAAAUGCGUGGGUAAAUUUGAUCAUCACUGUAAAUGGUUGAAUCAUUGUAUCGGAUCACGUAACUAUGUCGCUUUUCUAAUGUGUGUCGUAAGUGCUGUUUGCGCUACGCUGGUGAUUCUAUUAGCGGUUAUAGCUCAGAUUGUUUUAUAUUAUCUCCAACCGGAAUGGCUUAGUUAUUGGUAUCCCACGCAACAUGUAUUGGAAGGCCACGCAAUAGAUGAAAGCCAAUAUUUGACGUUGAAUGGUAGCACAAAUGCAACAAGUGCUGCAUCUAAUUAUACAACCAAUGACUAUGAAGAUAUUUUAUUUACGCCAAACUCUACCUUACCCACAUUUGUGGAAAAUGCCACGAUCCUAAUCAAGGACACAUUAAACGAGACCUUAGCAAACAAUACCGCUAGCAUACUAACAUCCCCAGACGAUGAAGAGAUAGGCAGAGAUAUUUUUAAGGAUACCGCCUCUAUAGCCCAUAACAGUACUUCAGUAUUCUUUGCCGGCAUAGCCGUGAGUCACACUAUAUUUCUCGUACUAUUGGGUUGUUUGGGCCUGUUGGCAGCCAUCACCGCUGGUCUGCUGUUACAUCUAUGUUUCUUUCAUAUUUACAUUUCAUUUUUGGGUCUAACCACCUAUGAGUAUAUACGUAAUCAUCGCCAAGCCCAAGAAGCCAAAAACAAAUUAGCAGCUACUGCCAAAAGUGCACAAGCCGAUACACAAUUAACUCCACCUACCAACAACCAUCCGUCCAAAAGGACCUCAGAAUGUGGCCAAUUCUAUAUGUGUUCCAAAGUACGUCAUCCCAAUGACGGCGAUCCGAUGCAACGGCAACAAAACUCGUUUCAAUUAGAAUCCAAUCCACAUAUAAAUUUUCACUGUUGUGCCAACUCUAGGGAAUAUCAUCAGACUGCCUUAAAGACAUACUACAUGUGUUCCUUGCUAGAUGAAACUAAUAUCAAGUCACCAUUGACCAUAGCUCACAUCUCAGGAGCCAACACAGAAUUAGACUCUACAACCGAUGACAAUACUGAGGCGUUUAACACAUUUCACUGCUGCUCAUCCUUUAAGGCGGCUUCCACACAAAGAAGAGUAAGCGCUGCAACUACCAAAGCAACGCUAGUAACGAAUCUAGAGACUGCUACAGCUGCUCUAAACAAUCGCCGCUCUUAUCUCCAAUAUACUGAACAAUGUACAUUUUGCUCGUUUCGCUUACGAAGUCCCAUCAUAGCGAAGAGAGAAUCCAAGCCAAAAACAAAUAAAACAUCAACGCCAAAGUCCGAAAAUCCUCAACAAGUGUCACGCACAUCCUCGGGGAAAUCACAGUCAUCUGUACAAACAGCUGCUGCUCAGAAACGUUGUUGCAUGCAGACGAUUUCUAAGCACCAGAGAUGGCGUAGAAAAUGGAACUGUUGCUCCGCAGUGCCAGAUAGUCCUGAUGUUCCCAAUGAUAUUAUAGCUGCAUUAGCACACAAACAUCACCAAGAGCUCGCUGCAAAAAUGACGCUCAAAGAAGAGCAUUCCAUCAAUUAUGGAAAUUCAAAUGGUAACAGUGCGACCCAAAUACCACACAACUCGCCGAGGUCGGUGGAACACUCUAAAGCUACACAUACACAUCUACAUAACACUAGAACGUGGCCGGUGGCUAGAUUCCGACACUUUAUGCGUGUCAUAAAUCGCUACAGAAGACCCAGGUGUAGACUACAACUCAAUGCCGAACAUGGCCUUAAACAAAACCAAGUUAGACCGAUACAUUUACAAAAAGAAGACAACUGUUGCCAACACAAACAUUCAUACGGAUCCAAUUCCUCAGCCACUACAAACUCGCCAAACAACACUCUCACAGAAAGUUCCAGAGAACACAGCAGCUACUCGGACAGCAGUAGUGGCAUGACAACACCCUGCUCUCAAGCCACAUAUAAAACAUCUGUAUUGCCCACAUCGAUCAUAAGAGAUGACACAUCAGUGACUUAUACCACUCCCAUUGGUAUAACAUUGCCGCCUGCUUUACCUCCGCCCACUCGUAGGCGUAUACCCAAUACUGCAGAUUUAGAGGAAUUAGCGGAAACUCUAGCUUUCGCCUCGUCUCAACCGUCCAAUGCUGCAAAUUCUUCAUACAAUCCCAUACCGCGAUUACCAACCAUCAACAAUGUCUAUCGACGUCAACGACGUAAACAUUUCUUGCGAACAAGAUCCCCGACUUUAUCACCCAUACAUGAAUCGGGAUUAUCAAAUCCUACUUCGCCCCAACCGUGUCGUCACAAUGCAACAUCAUGUACACCAGCAACAUCGAUGGCCAAUAAUUUGUGUGGCAGUGCGCUGAAUACAUCAGAAUUAGCGCGAAAGACAUCAUCCAACAGCUCGUUGCACAGUGACACGUCUACGACAUCGUCUAGUAGUACCAAUUGA